GAUAUAUAAAUGGAGCUUUAGAUACAUUCAAUAGAGUACCAAAAGACAACAAAGGAAAACACAAAGUUCUGUCGUAGUGUGUUUUCUGUCGCUGUUUGUCUCCUAGCUCUAAGAAACCAGAACUUUUUUCUGGUCUUUCACGAGUUUCUUCAGAUCCCAGGUUCGAGAAGAAAACUCCCUUUCUUUUCAUUCUUUAACUAUAAAGAUUCUCCUGUUCCCCCACUUUUAAGAUCUCUGCGGGAUUGCAGCAAUAUUACAAAACAACAAAGAGGAGAGAAACAAAGAAGAAAAGACAACAGCAAUCUUUGCUGGACUGCAGCAAUACCACGCUACCCAGUUAAAAAAAAAUAAUGCCAAAACAAUAAAGCUACAAAAGCCUGUAGGACAAAAGGUGGUCAAUUUUACCUGAGGGGAGAGAAACAGAAGGAGAAAUAGAAAAUGAAGAAUUCUGUAUCAGACCAGAGUUUUUACAUAGAAAGUGAAGAAGAAGAUGAAGAGAAGGAACUUGGCAGAAAUGGACAAGGUGAAGAAGAUAAUAAUGAAUCAGAUUCUGAUAAUUCUUUGGCCGAUGAUAAUCGGCAGCAGAGUAAAACUGGUUUAUACAACACCUCCUGGCCUCAAAGUUACAGGCAAUCCAUCGAUUUAUACAGCAGUGUGCCAUCUCCAAAUCUUACAUUUUUGGGCACACCUACGCUAUCAAGAUUAGGCAGUUCAUUUCUUUCCUCUUCACUUACAAGAAGAUACACACCAGAAUCAUUACCUUCUGUGGUAAAACCUCUACUGCAAAAACCAGAAGAGGAGCAACUCCCCCCACAAAGACGUAGUUCUCAUUCUCUACUAGCUCGAAUUACAUCGAGCAGGUCAUCAGUCAUUAGAAAGAAUGAGAAAGCCUCCCAGGUUUCACAUGAACUUCCCAUGUCUCGUCAAAGCUCAUUUGGACAAGCUGUGCUUAAUGGCGUGAAUGUUCUGUGUGGAGUUGGGAUUUUAUCCACUCCUUACGCUGCUAAAGAAGGAGGAUGGCUAGGGCUCAUCAUACUGUUCGUUUUUGCUGUUCUGUCUUUUUACACCGGGAUGCUCUUGCGUUCCUGCUUGGAUAGUGAACCAGGACUUGAAACUUACCCAGACAUUGGCCAAGCUGCCUUCGGGACCACCGGUCGCUUUGUCAUCUCAAUAAUACUGUAUGUGGAAUUGUAUGCUUGUUGCGUUGAAUAUAUAAUUUUGGAGAGUGAUAACUUAUCCUCUUUAUUUCCAAAUGCACAUAUAAGUAUGGGUGGAUUUGAGAUGGAUUCCCAUCAUCUAUUUGCUUUGAUGACCACCCUUGCUGUUCUUCCUACUGUUUGGCUUAGAGACCUUAGUGUCCUUAGUUACAUUUCUGCUGGUGGAGUUGUUGCAUCAGUGUUGGUGGUCUUGUCCUUGUUUUGGGUUGGUCUGGUUGAUAAUGUGGGCAUUCACAGCAAAGGGACAGUACUCAAUCUUGGAACUCUUCCUGUUGCCAUUGGUCUCUACGGUUAUUGUUACUCAGGACAUGCUGUUUUUCCGAACAUCUACACUUCCAUGGCACAACCUAGUAGAUUUCCAAAAGUUCUCCUGGCAUGCUUCAGUAUUUGUACUUUGAUGUAUGCCGGGGUUGCUUAUAUGGGAUACACGAUGUUCGGAGAAUCAACAGAGACUCAAUUCACUCUUAACUUGCCACAAGAUCUAGUUGUCUCAAAGGUUGCUGUGUGGACUACGGUAGUUAACCCAUUUACCAAGUAUGCAUUAACCAUGUCUCCAGUGGCAAUGAGUCUGGAGGAGUUGAUACCAUCUAACCACAUGAAGUCUCACAUGUAUGCAAUCUGCAUUAGGACAGCGUUGGUGUUCUCUACCUUACUCGUCGGUCUCGCCAUCCCCUUUUUCGGCUUGGUCAUGUCAUUGAUUGGAUCUUUGCUCACAAUGCUUGUAACAUUGAUACUUCCUUGUGCUUGCUUUCUGAGCAUCGUGAGGGGUAAAGCAACAAGAUUUCAGGGUGUAGUUUGUAUCAUAAUCAUUGCAGUAGGGAUUGUAUCAUCAGCCUUUGGAACCCACUCAGCACUCUCCAAAAUCAUUGAGAAUUUGAGCAGCUGAAAUUUUGGGUUACUUCUGCAACAAUAAUGUCAACGAGAGUUUCAUUUUAAGUAGUUUACCUCCUUAUUCUCCACUCCAAUUCUGAGACGGUUUUGGUGUUAGUAUCCCCCUAUUCCCCUUUAGUUAACUUGCAAUUUUGUAUGAUUAUGGACAGGUAAACGUUCAUAAAUUCGUCCUUUAUACUGUCAUUAUAAUCUUAUUUUAGAAAUGUAUGCCAAAUAUAUAAUAUUUUA